UCUCAGUCAUGCAUUUUUACAUGGAUAAAACUACCAAUACGGCAUUCUUAUCAUUCCGUGUGAUUUUUAUCUCCGUUUCUUCAAUAAUCAGAAUUGUAUACAAAUAUUGGUCACGAGUUUGUUCUUUGCGCAUAUUCCGCGCUUCUUAUGUACGAACUGUUUCUUUCAGAUCAAAUAAUGUAGCGAAAACUCAUAAUAUAUCACCUGUCGAAUGAAAGUGAAAAUGAGUUCUCAAGACACAACUGACAAUGUGCAAGCAAGUUCACCUAAUAUAUCAUCAAGAACAAAAAAUUGGGUCCAAUUUGAGGAUGAAACACCUAUUAAAGAUAGUGGAAGUGUGGAAGAGAAAACUAAAACUAAUACACCAGCUGUAAUAAAACCAGAAUCAGUUACAGUGAAUGUUGAGAAAAUUGGGAAAUCCAUUGAGAAAACAGAUAAUCAACAGACAAAGAAUAAUGAAUAUAAAGGUGCUGUGAUAUCAACGGAAUCCGUCCAGAUUAAUUUAGAUAGAUCAGGCUUAAGCCGUUCUAUGACAUCUGAAAGUCCAGAUCUUAAUUUACCGUCCGAAGUAAGAGUUUCUGAUCCUAAAAGUGCUUCUUUAAAGACUAUCGAUCUCAGAGAUGUAUCUAAUGGCAGAAGCGCUACAAGUAAUAUUAUAAGCACACCCAUUGGAAAUAUCAGACAAGGUUUUGCUAACGGAGAUACUAUUGUUACUCUUUUACCAGUUAAUACUAGAUGGCCAUGGAUUACUCCAGCUAAAUUUAGACCAGAAUUAGUACCGGAAGAAUUAAUGGCUCAGGGUUUAACGCUUACAGUAGAAGACUACGUACACAUAAUGGAAUUGCUUGUAAAUGAUGUACGUUUCAAUAUGUACAAUGUAUGUUAUAAAAGAAUUCUUGUUCUUUGGAUCUUUACUGCAUUUAUUGUGCUGCUUGGCUUAUUAUUUUCUGGAGUGACUGGUCUUACUUUAUUUGGUCUUGGCGUCAUGUGGUUAGUCCUUAACGCUGCAGCAAUAUUUUUUUGCAUGUUCGUCAAGAUAAAGUUAAACCAUAAUCUUGAGAAAUGUAUGGCUCAAGUGAACAAGCAUUUACUUCGACAUAAAAUAUUGCUUGGAUUGGAUGAUAGAGGAAAGAUUUCAUGUCAUAAAGUCAAUCUCUGCUUCAUAUACUUUGAUACUGCAGAUUGUAUCAAAAAAUUGCAAGAGGUAAUAGAACGCGAAGAACGUGAGGGUAGAGUAAUAGGCGAAGAUGGAAAUUCCGAAAUGCGUCGUAAAAGGGAAUUGCAACAACGAAUGGAUAUUGAUGAUAGCGAUAUUGUGAUACAAGGCAGCACAACUACCAGAAUCUCUCGUAAACAGGAACGGGCGGAGUUGCUGUUGCUGAGGUAUGCAUCUCGAUGGGCACAUCACUUUGUGCGCCGGAGACUUGAUCUGGUUAUAGACUCACAAGAACGUAACAGAGACAUCACGGGUCUUUCUGUUUCACCACGACAUUGUGUCUCCGCCCGUUGUCCUUGUCAAUUCAUUGAGGACCAUCUUAAAUACAAGCCUAGAGCUGGACAAAAGGGGAUACAAUUUGAUAUUUUGUCUGAACCACAUUUUGUCAACACAUGAAAAACUCAUUUGGUAAAUAGUAUUGUGAUAUCCACCUGGUUUUACGUGGUGUGCUUAUCUUAAUGAACCAUUAGUUAGAUAUGAAGUUAGAUCUGAGAUGGCAGGUAUCCCUAGUUAUUAAUUUCGAUCACUUAAACAAAGCACAACAGUAUUACUAACACUAAACGUACCGCGCCUGGUCAAAUGAUCGGUUUUUAAAUUUGAUUGAAAAUUCUGUGUUUUCUUUCGUUCAUUUAACUUUAUAUCAAUUCCUAUACUGUCUGAUUAAUCGGGUUUUCAAUUUUUAUGUUUCCUUUUGUUUCUGUAUUCAAUAAGAAAAAUUUAUUUUCUAAUUUGUUUACUUUUAUUCUGUAACGAGUUAUUUGACCGGUUACGGUAGGAAUAAAUAUAUACACAAGUCGGUACGUUUAGUGUUAAGGCAUUUUGAAAGAAGUAUGCAUAUCAGUUGCUAUUAUUCUAAUUAUUAAGGUUUAAGCACAAAGAAGUUCAUAUCAUAAACAAAAAUACUUUCAGAACUUCAAAGUUUUAAUAAUGCGUGGUUACUGAAGUGUUAUAGUUGAACAAUCAAAUCAUUCACAAGAUAUACAUAUUUUUCUACAUUUUAAUAUUUUUUAUCAUUCCAAAUGAGUAACAAAAAUUUAUAUAGCAACGCUUUUUAAAUAAGAUAAAGACAUACAGUAUUUGUUACAGAUUCAUACUUAAAGCAAAAUAAGUAUGCGAAUUACUUUUAUACUUUCCAAUAUAUAUUUUAAUAUUAGUUUAACUUGAAUCUACAAAAAGAUUUUAAAUAACCAUAAUUGCAGUGCCUUUUAAUGAAUUCUCUGUAACAUUUAGAUCACAUUUAGGCCAUAUUUCAAGUAUUCUAUAAUAUUAUCUUCUAUCAUGAUUUUUUUAAUAAACUUAUAUAGUUAUUAUGGUUAUCAGUAUCUGUAUAGAGUAUAUAUCUCCACAAUGAAAAACAAUAUGAUUAUGCAACAUUUAUUUUCCUACAAUGUUGACUGCGUGUAUAUUAUUAUAUGUUGUUAUUGGAUGUAUAUUAUAAUAGUAUGUAUAUUUUAUGUUAGAAAUUAUAUCAUAUAUCAUUCAUAUAUACAUAUUAAAAUUCCACAUGUGCCUGUAGGUAAAAAUAUUUUGUACAAACUGUUUAUUCAUGUGUAUACAACUAAUGGUUAAGGUGAACUUAAUUUAGAAGUGGAUGCGUUAUA